GCGGGAGCCGCGCUCGCACCAGCUGUUUCCCGCCUUGAGCCGCAGGCACAGGCCGCUGGAGCCGGAGCCGGGGCAGGGGCCGGAGCCGGAGCCGGAGCCAGAGCCAGGGCCGGAGCCGGGCCUCCCCCCCCCGGCAUGGAGUACUUCAUGGUGCCGGCGCAGAAGGUGCCGUCGCUGCAGCACUUCAGGAAAUCCGAGAAGGAGGUCAUCGGCGGGCUCUGCAGCUUGGCCAACAUCCCAUUGACUCCCGAGACUCAGCGGGACCAGGAGCGGCGGAUACGGAGGGAGAUUGCCAACAGCAACGAGAGACGGCGGAUGCAGAGCAUCAAUGCUGGCUUCCAGUCUCUGAAAACCCUCAUCCCACACACGGACGGGGAGAAGCUCAGCAAGGCGGCCAUCCUCCAGCAGACGGCUGAGUACAUCUUCUCCCUGGAGCAGGAGAAGACUCGGCUACUGCAGCAGAACACCCAGCUCAAGAGGUUCAUCCAGGAGUUCAGCGGCUCCUCCCCAAAACGGCGACGAGCAGAAGACAAGGAUGAGGGGAUCGGCUCGCCGGACAUCUGGGAGGACGAGAAGGCCGAGGACCUGCGGCGGGAGAUGAUCGAGCUCCGGCAGCAGCUGGACAAGGAGCGCUCGGUCCGCAUGAUGCUGGAGGAGCAGGUUCGCUCUUUGGAGGCCCACAUGUACCCUGAGAAGCUGAAGGUGAUCGCUCAGCAAGUGCAGCUCCAGCAGCAGCAGGAGCAGGUGAGGUUGCUGCACCAAGAGAAGCUAGAGCGUGAGCAGCAGAUCCGAACCCAGCUCCUGCCAUCACAUGCUCCCCCAGCACCCACCCACCACCCCACCGUGAUCGUUCCAGCGCCGCCUCCCUCCCAUCACGUCACCGUGGUCACCAUGGGCCCGUCCUCGGUCAUCAACACGGUCUCCACGUCCCGGCAAAACCUGGACACCAUCGUUCAGGCGAUCCAGCACAUCGAGGGCACGCAGGAGAAGCAGCUGCAGGAAGAGGAGCAGAGACGCGCGGUCAUCGUGACGCCGGCGCGCGCCUGCCCCGAGCCCUCCGCCUCCGACACCGCCUCCGACACCGAGGGCAACGACAGUGACUCCAUGGACCAGAGCAAAGAAGAGCCCUCGGGGGACGGGGAGCUGCCCUGACACCCCCCGGCCGGCAGCUGGGGAGGGGAGCGGGGCGGGGGGGAGGGGAGGGAAGCGUCAGAGAAUAUGCUGAAAUUUUUACAAAAUACAAGGCGAUUUGGGUCUCUUUUAUGACCUUUCUCCAAUACUGUAAAGCAGAGCGCUAGAAGCAGGCAAAGGUCACCCUUCAGCUCUCAAGGGGGGGCCUGGGGUGCAGCAGAAUGGUGGUGAGGGGGUGUUAGGGGUGGGGGGGGUGUCGCAGCUUCCCCAUCUCGUUUUAUCAGCACCCCCCACUAGCCCACAGGGAGUCCUGCCAGGCCAGCAGCAGCCCCCAUGCUCCCAAUGGCAGCCCCUUGGGACAGGGCCUUCAGUUGGGAUCUUAAUUUGUCUUUUCCUCUUCUUUUGUGUUGUUUUGUUGUUUAUGUUUUAAUUAAAUGUUGGGUUUUAAGCAGGGGGGAAGACACCAAGUGACAUAACAGCAAAGGUGGGACGGGGACCCCCACCUUCGGGGUACAACCAGCUCCACCACAGCUCCCACAACCUUUUGUGGGGCAGGAAAAAACCCUUUGCAGAGUCUGAAUCCUGGGAUUAUGCCACUGGAGCACAGGCAGGAGGGUUGGCACGUGCCACCCCCCCUGGCAUUUCCACCACCCACCUCUUCAGCAUGGGGAUGGUGGUUCGGGGACUACUCUUCCGCCCC